AUGGAUGCACAAAGAUCAGCACUUUCACCUUCUCACGGUGGAAACAGCCCCUUCAAGGCGGCGAUACUAGCUUUAGUGAUGGCUGUGUUCGCCGGAUAUCUCUUGAUAUGUGUCAUGAUGCCUACAAGUCUUUAUAGACAAACUUGGUUGCCGGAUAUUCGACUAAAAUCCAGCCCCACCUAUUUUGGAGCAUCUGGAGUAACAUUUUUGAUCUUCAUGUUCCCUAUCCUAUUCAUGGCUGUCAUGGGCUGUGUAUAUCUCCAUUUAGCAAAGAAAUCAGGGGAUAAUCACUUAAAAGGGAAUGGAAAGCAUAGAUUGGCUCUAUGGAGAAGGCCUAUAAUAUACUUUCCUGAACCUCACCAAAGUUGGAUUGAACUGGCUUUCUUUCUCAUGUUCAUAGCACUUCUUGUUUGGUCUUUUGCUACCUAUUUGCGUAUUGGCUUUGCUACUAUCACACCCCAAUCAGCUGCAAAGAGUGGGGAGAAAGUGUGGGAGGUGAAGUUGGAGACUGCGGCUCUCCGAUUAGGUCUGAUCGGUAACCUAUGUCUAAGUUUUCUCUUCUUCCCCGUGACUCGUGGCUCAUCGUUGCUACCACUUUUUGGUCUCACCUCCGAGGCUAGUGUCAAGUAUCAUAUUUGGCUAGGACAUAUUGUCAUGACUCUCUUCACUGCUCAUGGUUUAUGCUACAUUAUCUAUUGGGCUGUCACACAUAAUAUAUCAGAGAUGCUGAAAUGGGAUAAUACAGGAGUUGCCAAUGUGGCUGGAGAGUUGGCUUUACUAUUUGGAUUAGUGUUAUGGGCUGCAACAUACCCCAAGAUAAGGAGAAAAAUGUUUGAGCUCUUCUUUUACACUCAUCAUUUGUACAUUCUCUUCGUCUUCUUCUUUGUGCUUCAUGUUGGCAUUAGUUAUGCCUUCAUUAUGCUUCCUGGUUUCUACCUUUUCGCGAUCGAUCGAUACUUGAGAUUCUUACAAUCCCGGCAACGUGCACGCUUAGUCUCUGCCCGUAUUUUGCCUAGUGAGACGAUUGAGCUCAACUUCUCAAAAAGCAGAGGACUGAGUUACACUCCAACAAGCAUCAUGUUUAUGAAUGUGCCUAGCAUUUCUAAGCUGCAAUGGCAUCCCUUUACAAUUAGUUCCAACAGUAACUUGGAAGCUGAGAAGCUGAGUGUUAUUAUCAAAGGCGAAGGGAGUUGGUCCAAGAAACUCUACCAAUUGCUAUCAUCACCUUCUUCUGUUGAAAGGCUUGAUGUUUCUAUUGAAGGGCCUUAUGGGCCUACUUCGACGGAUUUUCUAAGGCAUGACUUGCUAGUGAUGGUGAGUGGAGGCAGUGGCCUAACCCCUUUUAUCUCUAUCAUCAGGGAGCUCAUUUAUGCAAGUGAAACACUGAAAUCCAAAACCCCAGAAAUCCUUCUAAUCAGUUCAUUCAAGAACUCUUCAGACCUCACCAUGUUAGACCUAAUUCUCCCAAUUUCUAGUGCCUCAUCACAAUUUUCCAACCUCUCUGUCCAAAUUGAGGCAUUUGUAACAAGAGAAAAACAACCCACAACACAACAAAAGAAGAAUAUUCAGACAUUAUGGUUCAAACCUAGUCCAUCAGAUGCAGCCAUCACUCCAAUCUUAGGCCGAAACAGUUGGCUCUGUCUUGGUUCUAUAAUCUCGUCGUCAUUCAUCAUAUACCUUAUUUUUAUCGGGAUUUUGACCCGAUACUACAUUUUCCCAAUCGAUCAUAACACAAAUAAGAUCUAUUCGUCUUCUUCAAAAGCUGUGCUAAACAUACUAUUCAUAUGUAUAUGUAUAAUCAUCACAGCCACCACAGCCUUUCUUUGGAACAAAAGUAAAAAUGCAAAGGAAAGUACACAGAUUCAGAACAUGGAAGGGGCUACUCCAACAGCAUCACCAAACUCAUGGAUUUAUAAUGCAGAUAGAGAACUUGAAAGCUUACCCCAACAGGCUUUUCUUGAGGCAGUUAAUGUGCAUUAUGGUGAAAGACCAGACCUCAAGAGAAUUUUGUUUGAGCGCAAAGAAUCAAGUGUUGGUGUUCUUGUUUGUGGACCUAAGAAAAUGAGACACGAGGUUGCCAAUAUAUGUUCAUCUGGUUUGGCAGCUAAUCUGCAUUUUGAAUCCAUCAGCUUCAGUUGGUAUUGGAAAACAAAAGGCCAAAAAUCCGGGUACAAAGAGUCAAGGAUUAACAUCAUCUAUCAAAGAGAAUUGAAGAGUCACCCAGAGAAGUCCCUUUGGCCUACACUCCCCCGAACUCCAAUCAGCCCUCAAAUUUCGACUACUGGGUGGUCGAAGAUAGUCGAUGGUUGUAGUCUAGAAAGCUUCAAAGCUGUUCAAAAAGUGCAGAAAAUUGACAUCUGGUUUGAUCCCGAGCCCUUCUCAAAAAAGUUGACAAAUAUUGAAGAGAACGGCCGGAACAAUACGAACAAGCAGUUUAAGCUCUUCUUAAAUGAAUUUCUCGAGGUUUUUCUUAUAGAAAUUUUCUGGAUUUUGUGUUAUUUUAAAGUACUUCAAUCUGGGGUAUCAUAUGAAAAGAAGAAAACUACAAGAAAGUUGUUUAAUGGUGACGAGGAUCGGGGUUUAGUGGGAUUGGAUGGAGAUGUUAAAAAUGCUUAUGAAAAUAAACGUCUUCAGAUUUUCGAUGAAGAGAUAAGUGAAGUCGAGGACGGUGAUGGCGAUGAUGUGGAAAAGAAUUCUAAUGUGGUUUACAAAGACCCUACUAGUAGGAAGAGGAAUAGGGGAUGUUACUUGGGCAUGUUGAAAUGGAUCAAUAAAGUCGCGAAGGAUCCGUGUGAUCCAGUAAUCGGAUCUUUACCCGAAAGGCAAAAGUGGAAGUACUAUGGCUGCGAGGAGCUAUGGAAGCAGGUUCUCUUGGUUCGUGAGGCGAUGAUUUUGGAAAGGAUGGUCGAUUCAAGUUGUCAACAAACUAGUUCGCAGAAGCAGCAAAAUAUGCAUCCAAAUAUGUAUGGCCAACGUGGUUCUGAAAGAUUAAGAUGCAGCGAGAGGCUUCUUUCUGCAAAAGAUUCUUUUAAAAGGGCUCGAAUUGGUUUGGAGUCAUUAUCGUCUGAUUCUUGGAGUGGAGAGUAUCCUGCUGAUAAACAGUCUGAUUCAAUGGCGUAUUCUGUUGCUUUAUGGGGCAACUAUCAGUGUCGGAAACGAAUUCCUCUGGGCUCUCUAUUUCAAGCAAAUAUACCAGAAUUCACUGGGAAGACUAAUGAAAUUGAUUCUACGUGGUUAGGUACCCGAAUUUGGCCUUUGGAAAAAUGUGAACAUAAGGGAGUCCUAAUAGAAAGGGACCGUAUUGGAAAAGGAAGACAAGAUUCCUGUGGCUGCCAGUUCCCUGGAUCUGUCGAAUGUGUCAAGUUUCACGUUGCUCAGAAAAGCUCGAGAGUGAAGCUUGAGUUAUGCUCAGCUUUUGACAGAUGGAAAUUUUAUAGUAUGGGUGAGAAAGUUGCGCUUUGUUGGACGAAAGAGGAACAAAAUAGAUUUCAAGACAUAGUGAAGUUGAACCCUUUAUCGCAGGUCAAAUAUUUCUGGGACGAACUUCUAAAGCUUUUGCCUAGAAAAGACAAGGACGCUUUGGUAAGCUACUACUUCAAUGUUUUCCUUCUCCGGCGUCGAGGUUACCAAAACAGGAUGUCUCCGAGUAAUAUUGACAGUGAUGAUGAGGAAUCGGAGUUUGGGCAGCUAGCAGCUAAAUCUCUUGGGUCCAUCUUCUGUUCCCCAAGAAAUAUGCAAAGAUGUGAAUUUCGAAGAUAUCUCUCGCUCGAUGUAAGCGUCGCUGCGACUAUAGAUGUGGUUCCGGUGGUCUCCUCUCAAUUCCAUCCCACACUCUGGUGGGCGGCAACUACAGUCGCAGGAGCAGCGCUCCUAGUGGUGGCUGGAAUUAGGAUUCGGAUCGUGGUUGUUGGCUGCUCGAUGGAAGCAAACCGGGUGGUGUUUGCAGUUGGCUCGAAAUUGGAGAAAGUGACGGGUAAUUUCUGGGCAUUGUCGGCGUGCGGCGGCGAUUCCCGUUCACUGUAUCCUGCUGAUAAACAGUCUGAUUCAAUGGCGUAUUCUGUUGCUUUAUGGGGCAAUUAUCAGUGUCGGAAACGAAUUCCUUUGGGCUCUCUAUUUCAAGCAAAUAUACCAGAAUUCACUGGGAAGACUAAUGAAAUUGAUUCUGCGUGGUUAGGUACCCAAAUUUGGCCUUCGGAAAAAUGUGAACAUAAGGGAGUCCUAAUUGAAAGGGACCGUAUUGGAAAAGGAAGACAAGAUUCCUGUGGCUGCCAGUUCCCUGGAUCUAUCGAAUGUGUCAAGUUUCACGUUGCUCAGAAAAGCUCGAGAGUGAAGCUCGAGUUAUGCUCAGCUUUUGACAGAUGGAAAUUUGAUAGUAUGGGUGAGAAAGUUGCGCUUUGUUGGACGAAAGAGGAACAAAACAGAUUUCAAGACAUGGUGAAGUUGAACCCUUUAUCGCAGGUCGAAUAUUUCUGGGACGAACUUUUAAAGCUUUUGCCUAGAAAAGACAAGGACGCUUUGGUAAGCUACUACUUCAAUGUUUUCCUUCUCCGGCGUCGAGGUUACCAAAACAGGAUGUUGCCGAGUAAUAUUGACAGUGAUGAUGAGGAAUCGGAGUUUGGGCAGCUAGCAGCUAAAUCUCCUGGGUCCAUCUUCUGUUCCCCAAGAAAUACGCAAAGAUGUGAAUUUCGAAGAUGUACAAAAUGA